AUGUGCAUAUAUUUUGCCACUUCAGCACUGUUGGGCCAAAGCCAUCGGCAUCAGUUAUGUGAGGAAGACGUGUCAAGUGAAGAAGAGAAAGAAAAAGGAGAAGCAGAAGAAGCAGAUACAGCAGGACCAGAAACAGAUGAAGGACAAAAAGACAGCGAGGGAUGUGAUCUAAGGCUGGAGACUUCAGAUGAAGAAGUUGAUGAUGAAGAAUAUAAUGAUGAUGAUGAUGAUGAUGAUGAUGAUGAUGAUGAUGAUGAUGAUGAUGAUGAAGAUGAUGAAAUAAUAGAAAAUGUGCAAAGACUGGAGCAAAUAGAACUCGAGGAUGAGGAUGAAGAAGAAGAAGAAGAAAAAGAAGAAGAAGAAGAUAAAACUUUUAUCUCUAAAGACGGGAAAAUAAAAUGGUCCUCCGCUGUGUUUCGCAAUGGCGAGGAAGCGAGGAACGUCCCUCUUAGUCCUCUUUCUGCCCAGGGACCCACAGAGUACGCGGCGGCUCAGGCGGUCGACUUUGAAUCGACCUUCCGCAUGUUUGUGACCCCGGCGGUGGAAAGGAUCGUCCUGGAGAACACCAACCUGGAGGGCUCUCGAAAGCUCGGGAGCGCCUGGAAGGGCAUGGACGAGGUCGACCUGCGGGCCUACUUGGGCCUCCUGAUUUUGUCCGGCGUCUACAGGUCCCGAGGGGAGGCCGUGGCCAGCCUGUGGGACGCCGAGAGCGGCAGGGCCAUUUUUCGCGCCACGAUGUCGCUCAAGGUGUUUCACGCUUACUCGAAGCUGUUGCGUUUCGACGAUCGCCAAACUAGACCCGCCAGGCGAGCGACGGACAAACUGGCAGCCGUGAGAGAGGUCUGGGACGCGUGGGUGGAGCGGCUGCCCAGCCUCUACGACCCGGGUCCUAACGUGACGGUGGACGAGCAACUGGUACCUUUCAGAGGUCGUUGCUCUUUCAGACAGUACAUGCCUAGCAAGCCAGCAAAAUACGGCCUCAAGUUUUGGGUGGCGUGCGACGCCAAGUCCAGCUACGCUUGGAAGAUGCAGCUUUACACAGGCAAGCCAGGAGGAGGAGGAGGAGGAGGAGGAGAAAAGAGAGCUUCUGAAAAAAAGCAGGGCCAGCGGGUCGUGCUGGACGUCACAGAAGGGCUCGCCGGGCCUCGCAACGUGACGUGCGACAACUUUUUCACUUCCUACGAACUGGGCCAGCGGCUCCUGCGCAGGGAGCUCACCAUGCUCGGUACGGUUCGCAAGAACAAGCCGGAAUUGCCGCCGGCGCUCCUCUCGGUCAAGGGCAGGAGCGCCUUCUCCUCCGCGUUUGCCUUCACUCCCAGCACCGUCCUGGUGUCCUACGUGCCCAAAAAAAACAAAAACGUGAUCCUGAUGAGCACGCUACACUCGGCCGCCACGGCCGCCGACGACGUCCUCCUCGUCGACGCAGGACGGCGGGACAAAAAGCCCUUUGCCGUCCUAGACUACAACGCCACCAAGGGAGGCGUAGACAACCUGGACAAGGUGAUAGGAACCUACAGCUGCAGGAGAAAGACGGCGCGCUGGCCCGUGGCGGUGUUUCACAACGUCCUAGACGUGUCUUGCUACAACGCUUUUGUCCUGUGGCGGGAGGCCCACCCGGACUGGAUGCCCGGCAACCGCAGCAAGAGGAGGGUGUUUCUAGAGCAGCUGGGCAAGGCGCUCGUGACUCCUCUCAUCCGCAGAAGGCGCCACCCGCCUUGCGGCGAAGCGUCCGCCUCGCUCACCAGUCAGCUUACACAGGUGUCACUCACCUGUCGCUGUUAG